CCAAAAACAAAAUAAAAUUAUAACCUUAUAAUCAUCUGAUUCGAAUAUUCGAACGAAUCUUCGAACCAAACAUCGAAGUCAAGUCAAGUCAAUAAUGUUAUCAAGUAAAUUUUGUCGUUUACGUUCGACAACAACAACAACGAUAAUCAAAAAUUCAACGAUCAAUCGGCGACAAUGGCAACAACAAUGGCAACACCAGCGAUAUUUAGCAACACAAUCAUCAAAAUAUGAUCUUUUCAAACGUAAUACGAAUGAAGAGGAAAAAUUGCCAACAUUUUUGAUAUUUCCCGAAAUUCCAAUCGAUACAGUCGAAACAAAUGAAUUUCUAACCAUACCGACAACCGGUCAAAUUCCAUUCGAUCGUUUAAAUGUUGAAAAAUGUGUUCGUGCUUCGGGUAAAUUAUCACUGGAAUUUGAACAUUUUAUCGAUGAAUAUAGUAAUACGUUGAAACAGGAAUUCGAAGAUGGUGACAUUUCGAAUGCAAAACUUGAUGAAUUUAUUGUCGAAAUGGAAAAACACCUGAUGCCACUACAAUAUAAUCUAAAUCUCCUGAGUGCAUUUAAAAUUCUACGGCCAAAUGAAUUUGAAUUUAAAUUAUUUGAUGAUUUUUUCCUCAGGCGAUUAUCCAAAUCUCGGUUACGAUUUCAAAAUCGUAAUAUUUAUUGUUUUAUGUGUGAAAUGAAAACCCGUUUAGAUUCUUCAUCACAUGGUAAAAAAACACCGAAACAACCCGAAACCGAUGGUAAAAUGAAUAAAAUGGAUGAAGAUCGGAAAUUUCUUCAACAACAAAAACUUCAACUAAUCGAACGUUAUAUUCGUGAAGCAAAAUUGUUCGGGUUAAGUUUAAAACAUCAAGAUCAAUUAAAUUCAUAUAAUCUUAUCAAUGAAAAGCUGAACAAAGAACAACAAAAUUUUGUUCAAACUGCAAUGCAAGCAAACGGAAUAUUUCAAUCAAAUAUAAUGUCACCACAAUUUCUGGAUUGUUUACCUGAUCAUGUAAUCACCCAACUGAAUCAUCAUGAUAUUGAUGCUGUUUUUAAUUCAUUUAUGCGUUAUUGUCCUGAUCAAACAUUACGUAAAGAUUUUUGGCUUGCAUAUAAUGCACGUGCAGCACCAUAUUUAGGUUCAAAAUUGAAUAAUUUUUUGCCGAUUGAAAAAAUACGUGAAUUACGACAACAAAAAGCCAAACAAUUUGGUUAUGAAAAUUUUGCCAAAUUUUCAUUGGAUUUAAGAAGUGGUUCGGGUUGUCAAACAAUGGCCGGUAAUGUUGAUAAUGUUUUAGCAUUUAUGAAUGGCCUCGGUAAUCAAAGUGAUUUGAAAUUUGAAAAAAAUCUAAAAGAAAUUAAAGAUUUUGCUCAAGAAUUUCGUCCUGAAGGUCGUCGUGCAAAACAAUCACCAAGUACAUUUAUGCCAUCAAAUAUUAUUGUUGAAAAAUUACAAUUAUGGGAUUUAAAAUAUUUUGAACGGCUAUUUUUACGUGAAAAUUAUCAAAUUGAUUCGGCUGAUGUUCGUGCUUAUUUUCAAUUAGAUCGUGUUGUCGCCGGCAUGUUUGAAUUUGCUGAACGUUUAUUCGGUAUCAAAAUUGUUGAAAUCAAAAACGAUGAUGAUAAUCAACAAAGAUGGGGAAGAAAUGUUCGUCAUUAUAAAAUUUUUGAUGAUAAUCAACGAUCAAGUGCUGAAUAUGGAUCAUUUUAUUUUGAUCCAUUUCAACCACGUUCAAGGAUAUUUAUGCCAAUUGCACGUAGUGAUUCAAUGAAUACAAAACCAGUUGUAUUUUUCCUGAUGAAUUUCACUCACGGUAGUGGUACGGUAUUUGAUCAAUUUGAAAAACAAAAACUUCAAGCAACCGGUAAAGAAUUGUUGAAUUUUUCACAAGUUGUACAAUUAUUUGGCAAGUUUGGCUAUGUAUUACAACAUUUAUUAACAAAAGUUGAUUAUAGUGAAUUAGGUGGUUUAUCUAAUAUCGAAAUCGAUACAUUCAAUAUGAUAUCACAUUUUAUGAAAUUAUGGCCAUUAAAUUCUUAUCGGGUAAUUGCCGAUUGUUCACGUCAUUUUAAAACAGGUGAACCAAUUUCCGAAGAAUUUUUCGAACGUAUUCGUAAAUCCUAUUAUCAUUUUGUAUCAUUUCCAUUGAAAUAUGAAUUAUAUCUAAUGGCAUUAGAUAUGAAUCUUCAUACAACCAAUGAUCAUUCAACAAAUGUUUUACGUCAAACAUGGUCCGAAUGGAUGCAACCAUUUGAUUUUAUUGAUGAAAAUGGUCAUACUUGUUCAUGGAUCGAUUUGUUUAAAGGUGAUGGACAAGAAGGUAUUUAUUAUAGUGAUAAAUGGUCCGAGGUGAUUGCUACCGAUUUAUUUGAUGCAUUUCGUGAACGUGAUAAUAAUCUUAAUCAUCAUCAAAAUGAAGCAAUUCGACAAAUGGGUGAAAGAUUUAAAGAUAUAUUUAUGGCACAAUCAGGUGUUAUUGAAACAAAUGAAUUGUUUCGUAGAUUUUUAGGUCGUGAUCCAACAUUGAAUGGUUAUCUUAAUAUUAAUGGUUUUGUAUCAUCAUAAUCAUCAUCAAAA